AUGAAGGUAGAGAGGAAGACCUCCUCUACAGGCGACAGUUUUACUGACAUUCCUCCACUACUGACGCUCUUUGGCCUCCUCCUCCUUCUCUUCACAGCUCACUGCCUCUUUACCAUUUUUCCAGGUGAGGUGUCAGGGGUCAAUGUGACCAGCCAAACGCAGUUGGUGAGGGGCACGGUGGGGAAAGAGGCCCUGUUGUCAGUCAGCUACUCCAGCAGCAGCUCCGACAAGCCUGUAAUUAAGUGGCAGCUCAAGAGGGACAAAGAGAAACCUAUCACUGUUGUGCAGUCCAUAGGAACCGACAUCAUAGGGAACCUGAGGCCAGAGUAUCGCAACCGGAUCUUGGUGUUUGAGAAUGGCUCGCUGCUGCUUCACAACCUGCGGCUGUCAGACGAAGGGUCAUACGAAGUGGAGAUCUCCAUCACAGAUGACACCUUCACUGGAGAGCACUAUAUUGAGCUCACUGUGGAUGUUCCUGUGUCCAAACCUUACAUCCAGAUGAUGGCUUCAUCUGUCCUGGAAUACAGCGAGUACUUCAACCUGCACUGUUCCCACGAUAAUGGCACAAAGCCCAUCUACAAUUGGCUGAAGGGAGGCACGGUGCUGACCAAUGACUCACGCCUGCAGCUUUCACAUGACCAAAAGGUGCUGACCAUCACGCGUGUUUUGAUGUCAGACGAUGACAUUUACGCCUGCACAGUGGACAACCCCAUCAGCAGCAUGAAGAGCAUGGCUAUCAGGCUCACUGUCUACAGACGGAGCUCGCUAUACAUCAUCCUGUCCACCGGGGGCAUAUUCCUCCUAAUCACCCUGGUGACUGUGUGUGCCUGUUGGAAACCAUCCAAAAAGAAACAUAGACCUGUCCCCCAAAGAGCUCCCAUCUAUCUGGAGCAGAGUGAAAAUGGCCACGAUGUUGAUGUUGUCCCCAAACCAUCCACACUUGGCCGAAGGAGUCCCAUGCCACUGUAUGUUCUCAACGAAGAUGAGACCCUUGAGCGUUUGGAAGAGUGUUCUGGCAAUACCUUCAGUCAAUCAGAAAUGAGCAUCCCUGCUACCUAUGCACCAGUCCUACCCCCCUCUUCCAACAGAACUGAGCGGCCCAUCUGGACCGCCCCACGCAGGUACCCACGUAGCCCCUCUCCACUGGCACAACCUCUCACACAACCCCUUCCAGGUCCUCCCCUACGCCCUGUCGGCUCUCCUGCUCACUCUCCUGGUUCAUCUCCACGCAGUUUCAGCCCGAUAAGAAAGAUUCGUCCACCAGUGGGAAUCCCAACUAGCCACUUGCCUGUAGAGGCAGAGUGUGUAGAGCCCAGCGAUCAGACUCACUGUCCACCCCAGCAGUGACGAGCGCAUGUUUCUCAGCAUUCCUGGGAAAUAGGCUUUCAUUCUGUGAU